GGGAACAGUGAUUCUGGGAAAGUUGUUCCCGAGUCUACUGCUGCUGGAGAUGUUACUAUCAAGGCCGACGAAGGCACCAAAAAGGAUAACUCAGGGGCUACCUCUGAGUCAAAAACACUCGCUGAGGCCUUUGCAUCUCCUGGCAACACUCUGCCCUCAGACUCAUCUGUGUCCCUCGAUGUUUUUGUGACACCUAGCGAAACACCAGCACAGAGUUUGAGCCCAGUUCUUCCAGAUGCAUCAAAAAAGUCUGAUGUACCAGCUUCCCUGCCCACUACUCUAGCCCGGUCGGUGGAAGCAAAUGACGGGGAAUCAAAACCGGAGGAUUUCGAGCCCCCAACGCCUACACCCCACUCAGUCGGCUUUAGCAAAGUUGAUGCAAUCAAGGCUACAGGAAAGAGUCACCAGCGCAAUACGUCAGUGAGUUCCAUACGCAGUGAUGGGUCCAACUCGAGAACUCCAAGACCAUCUACUCCCAACAACUCACAAGCUAGUCCUCGAACUUCCAUGAUCGGAAAGCCUUCAUCCUCAUCAAGACCCUCCACUCCAAAUAAAUCUGGUGCACCUCCUCCAGUACCAAGGCGUGCUGCUGCCCGUAAUGCCGCCAAGCCCAAUGUCACACCUGCUAAACAGCGUGGUUCGGGGGAUAAGGGAGGAGACAAAGAAAAUUCUGACAAAAUGGAUACUCCUGAAUCCAAGCCAGAGGUUGAAGCUGCUUCUACACACGAACCAACGAAUAAAACAGAUAUCAAUGCUGAAACCCCGACGGCCGCGGCAGGUGAAGGGACCUCAGGAGGGACCGAGCAGCCAGUUACGGCUUUAUCAAGUUCAGAGAAUGCCGCU